AUGGGCAUCGAGACUGCAAACACAACAACAACAACAAUAAUAACAUCAACAACACACACACAACACUGGUCAAAUUUAACAGUUCCAAAUAUUUACAAUUUGAACUCGAUACCGACUGUUCGUGAGGACAGACUUCAUGAUGAUACACAUGCACUACAACCUGGCCAACUUCCUGAGGGAGACGGGGCAGCGGGAGCUCGCCGUGCACCACUACAGGGAGGCGCUCAGGCUGUGGCCGGACUACGCGAGCGCUCACAACAACCUGGGCACGCUGCUGGCGGGGGCGGAAGCCGAGGCGCACUUCCUGGCCGCGGUGGGGCUGGCGCCGGCGCACGUGCACGCCCACUACAACCUGGGCCAGCUCUACAGGAGGGAGAACCGCAGCGCGGAGGCGGUGCGCGUCCUGGAGCGCUGCGCGCGGCUGGACCCCGGCUACCUGCCGGCGCAGCGCCUGCUGGCGCGCCUCUACACCGAGGCCGGCGACCGCGGCAGCGCGGGCAGCCUGCUCGCCAGGCUGGCGCUGUCCCCGGCCACCACCGCCGACCGACUCGCGCUGUACGCCGCCUGGCUGCACGAACAAGGUCGUUGCUGGGAGUCUCUGCAGCUGUUCCGGAGGGCGCUGCGGCUGGAGGCGGGCCACGGGCCGUCGCUGCUGGGGGCGGCGAGAGCGCUGCGGGGGCUGGGGCAGCUGGUGCGCCUUCGCGUGCUGCUCACCAGGGUAACUUACCCUUGGAAAACAAAUGUCAUGUUUCAACGUAA